AUGACAGAAUACCAACGUUUGUCAUUUCGGCUCCCUUCCAUUGUUCCAAGCGUUUUGCUUUACACACGCUCCUGGGACGCUGAUGCAUACGACUUACUCUCGGCUUGGCAAGAGAAGAAAGGUUUUGAUCCCACCACAACCGAUUUCGCUCGUUCUUUGGGUUAUCCUAGCAUGGAAGUAAUAUAUUCCGACGUGGAUGAUCAACAUUUUGAUGAUCUCACUGAAGAUACAGACUCAACAUUCUAUACAGACAGUAUGGUUACUGGAGACGAUGGGGCCAUGAACGUAGCCUCGCCGACGCCUUAUUCCCACUUACAGCCUGGUAUCAGUUCAGUGUUCGAGGAUGUGGAGAUGAUGGCAGAUGUCUCCUUGUCCACGGACAUGGACAUGGAAGUGGACUAAGACAUGGUAGCAUCGAAAAGGCCGAUGCUAACCAUGGCAUCUGUCGGCAGCCCCAGUCAUUUUGCGCAAUUUCUUCUCAGCGCCCCGCGCAUUCCAGCGCCUCUGUCGUUCAAAAUCAUCAUGGGCACGACGCCAUUCAUGAGGUGGACACUGCAACAACCAUUUCUCUGACUCAGACACACACCCGAC